AUGGCUCAAUGUCCAGAUGGGGCAGAAGCCCGGAUCCCACAGACGGGCUGGUGCAUUCAAAGCACAACUCAUCCGCCAGGCAAGCGUGUUUGGACGGAGCGUACGGGGUUCUCAACAGCCCGCGCCCAUAACUCGACUGAGGCUACACGGCUGUUGCUCGAUGUCGGUGGGCAUAAGACCACUGCAUGCCAUGCUCCAUGCUCCGUGGAUUCUCCAUUCUCCCGCAAAUAUGGUGAAGCGUUACAACGUACAAAGUAUGCUUUUUGGUCGUGUGGUGGCGCCAGCGAGAAACGAAGCAAUAAGACGGAGGACAUGGAGAGUCCGAGUCACACCCAAGCUGACAGGCAAAAUGUGUAG